AAGAACUGAUGUGACAUUGUUACUGGACUGUUUGAAAUGCCAGGUCAACAAUCCAGCUGCUGUAAAUCAAGCCCUUCUGACAUUAUCUUCAAUUUUCAGUGCUUGUGAUUUCGUCAAAGAAUAUUUUAAAGACAUUGGAGGACUAACAUUCCUUGUGGAUCUUCUUACUUCAAUAGAAAAUCCUGACGUUCAAGAAAGAACUUUCUUUUGUCUUGGUUGUGCAAUUGAAAGAAACGUGUUUUGUCAAAAGUUCCUUACUUCCAGUACUGUUUUCAAAUUCAUUCGAACAAUAUUGUCGAGAGGUUCUACUGCCAGAUUAAAACAAACAGCAACAUUUCUUCUCAUCAAUCUUGUGUCAAACAACGGAGAAGGACAAGUCUUGGUGAAACAAACACAAUGCCUUUCUACUCUGACGGAAUUACUCUGUCAAUCUUUACCAAGAAAUGUGAGGAGUGAAGUUGACACUGGGUUUGAGUGGUUUGACAAUUCAGGACCCUCUAGCAUGGAAUUAUGGACCAGUGUGAUUAACGCUUUAUGUUUCAGUAUCAACAAUCCACAGAAUGAUGAGAACCAGAAGGUGUGUGGACUACAAAUUCCGUUCAUUUUUAAACUCUUGAAGCAACACAGUGGGAUUUCUUCAUUGAGAAGACCUCUUUUGUUUCUUCUCGGAUUCAUUGUAUCCAACAAUAGAUCAAAUCAGGAUCAAGUUCGAAGGUGUGGGGGGCUGGAUAUCUUGUGUCUUGAGUUAUUGCAGUUGUAUAAUCAAUUAAAUGAUCCAGAAGUAUUGAAAGAAGCUGUUCAAGUCAUCACCACCAUAGAUUCCUGCAUUUCUGACAAUGCUGAUAGUGCAAUUGAGCUAGAAAGGACAGAAGUCAUUCAGAUUUUAGCAAGAAUCAUAUGUAAUGAACAGUUGGAUAUUGGAGACAGAAUUAAAGUGACAAUAACUCUUGGCCAUGCCAUUGAAAACUCAGCAUCGAACCGAAUUCUGUUCCUUGAAGCUACAAAUGGUCUCCAGGAUUUAGUCCACAUUUUAACAACAUCUGAAGAUGAAGAACUGAUAAAAGCAAUAAAAUAUGUUCUGCAGUUAAGUGUCCAGAAAGACAUGCAAGAAGAGGAGUGGCAGCAAAAGAUAGGAGAUGAAAAAGUUGUAAGAGAAAAUAUCCUGAAAAAAAUGAAUGAAUUGGCAAAUCGUUUGAAUGCCAUAGAAAAAGAAAAAGAAUUGGAACCAAAAGUUCAAACAGUUACAAUGACCAACAUUCCAAGUCCUCAUGAGCAAUUUACUGAAAGUCUGUCUUAUCAAGAUCUGAACUUAGUUCCAAGACUAGAGCCUGGUGGAUUCCAUAAAAAGAAUUUGCAUCCUAUUCCUAACAGCACGAUCUGUCCGAAAGUUGACUUUGAUUCCUCUCAUGGUUUAAAAGGAUGCUGUCAAUUGAACAGUAAUUCAUAUGGAUUUCAAGUGCAGAAUGUUUGCAAACAGCAGCUCUGUAUGACUCCUUUAGAAAAGCAUUUAUUUUCUGAGCUUCAAAAGGAAAGAUCAAAGAACUGUAACCUAGAUGUUAUCAACCAUAUUCCACAUAAUAAUAAUGAGCAACCAUGUUCACCAGACACACAAAAUUUGGAAUGUGAUCAAAAGAAACAACUUUACAAAACAAACACAGAUGUAAUGAUGCCAAAAGUAUCAGGAGCCUGCAAUUAUCAGAAUGUCACAAAUCAUGAAAUGGAUCCUCAUAUUUCUCUUGUAAAAGUACUAAACACUAGGUCACUAUCAUCAAACUCCUCUACAAAAAGCUUUGAUGUGGAUCUCACUGAAAUGGUCCACAGAGAGGAAGCUAAAUGUAACAAUCAUGAAAAUCUUGCAGUUCCAACAUACCUCCCACUAAAAAAACAACUCAGGUCAAGAAGGUAUGUUCCAUCUGAGGCUCUGUGUUUUCCUGAUACUGGAAACAUGACAGACAGGGAAAGUGAUCCAAGAUUCUCUGAAAUUCAGUCAGAAUUUGAUUGUAAACUUUUAUCAGGAGCUUUAUGUCAUAAAGAUAUGAUGAUACAGAUUGUUCCAGCAUCAUCAGUAGGAAGAUUUUCAGUGUUACCACUAGAAAGAUCAAAUCAGCAGCUGUAUAAAACACCUGAGUAUCCUAUUCUGCGACGCUAUCAGAAUACUUCAUAUACCAGUAAAACAAAUAAUUGCACCGUGGACCCCAAACUCAGUGUCAAGUCUUUCAAAAGUACAUUAUCUGCAUUACAACAUCACAAAAUUUCAGCAAAUGACUGUAGAAGAAGGAUACUAGACUCUGAAAAUUCCAUUUCAAAAGUGAAUUGUAUAGGAUGUUCUGGGACCAGUGAAAGUGAUGACACACAGCUUAACAGCAGAACAAUCAACAUUGUCCUUGAGACUAAUCCAUUUUCCUGUCAGCUGCAUCGUCAGGUACGGGGUAUUGAGAGAAGUUACAUACAAAACAUUAAACAGCAGAGGAGGGAAGGACCAGUCUACAACAAACAACACAAUACCACACCAAAUGAGAUGUCAGUCUAUGAAUUCAGCAGUGAAUCUGAACCAGAGGUAUCAGCACCAAAUACAGUUGAGAAUAGAAGCACAUUUUUACACACUUCAAAGUUAGUGAAAAAGAGAAGAUCCAGGAUUCCUUACAGUGAAGAAGAAAUUAACAACUUGGUAGAAGGGGUAAACAAUAUUGGAAAAUUUUGGGGACAAAUUCUUGCAACAUAUGAAUUCCAUCCAUCCAGGACUGCAAUAGAUUUAAUGGAAAAAUACAAAAGACUAAAAUAUUAUGAUAAGAUGCAGAGAACAAACUGUGUUCCACAGACAGGAAAGAGAUUGAGAAAUGUACCAUUUUCAAUGUGUGAAGAAAGAAGACUCCUAAAAGGUGUCCAACAAUUUGGAUACAGUUGGAAGACCAUUUUGAACUCCUACAAAUUUUCAAGUGUCAGAACAGCAGAAGACUUGAGAAACAAAUGGAGAAGCAUGAAUUUUUAGUGCAUUAAUCAAUAUUGCCCAACUAAAAAAUAUGCUGGUUUACUUUUGACUGAUUUUUAGAUCUUUUCUGAUCAUCUUUUGUCCGUCUGUCUGUAAACUUUACAUAUUUUUUACUUCUCCAGACCCACAGGUCCAAUUUUCAACAAACUUGACUUAAGCAAAGUAUUUUGGGGUGAAGGGGAUUCACAAUUUUUUAAAGGAAGGGUCACACCCAGAUUUUUUUUUUAGGUCACCUAAGUCAUUUAGGUGACCUAUUGCAAUUGGUUUACGUCCGUUGCCGUGCGUUAACAAUUGAACAUUUUGAACUUUUUCUUGAUAACUACCAUUUCAAUUCUUUUCAAAUUUGUUAUGCAGCAUCCUUGGUAUAAGAGGGACAUAAAUUGUAAAUUUCAGGACUCCUGCACCCCUGGGGCCUUAGGGGUGGAGCCAAAACUGCCAAAAAUUGACCAAUUUUCAAAAAUCUUCUCUACAACCACACGUGUUUAAGAGAAACUAAAUGCAUGCAGGAAGGCCUCUACCAAAAUGGUAAAUUUCAUGAUCAAUGGGGUAGGAGUCCUGACCCCAGGGCAGGGCCAAACUUGGUAUAUAGUGUAUAUGUGUAAAACAUUUAAAUAACAUUUUCUUUAGUGCUAUUGAUACUAAAUGGAUAUUUAGAAAGAGCAUGCAGGUAGUCCUUUACCAAAUUUGUAAAUCCCAGGGGUAGGGGUUUUGGUAUCUGGGUGGGGCUAAAAUGUAAAGUCAACUUCUUCGGCUGCCUUUUUGAAAAACGAUGCUACAUACCUGAUUAUAUUAUCAAUACUUUCAUCUUGCUUUUUUUUCCAGGUGAUAGAUUACUCCUGAAAUUCUUGGUAUUAAUUAUAGCAGAACUUGGACAGAUUUAAACAUCAAAUACGACUAUAACCCCAACCCCCUCCCUCCCUUCACUUUGAUGAAAUGUACAUUUUAAAAAAGUGUUAUCUAUAAAAUCCAAGAAAGUAAACCUCGUUAUUAUCAGAGAUAUGAUGCAACCUGUUAAACCUCAACAUAAUAAAGAUUUUAGUAUGUA